ACACCGCCAGUUCCCGCUUUUGCUGAUUGUUUUUUUGUUGUUUAAAAUGAUAUGGUUAUCACCGUAGACGCUUCUAACGUUUUUCUCUUUCGUUCGCUUUAGGAAUUAUCAGUAGAUUUUCAUCACGAUGGCAUUGCAUGCACUUGUACGUGAGGCGAACGAUGAGUAUGUAUUGGUGAAUGGGGAAUCAGAGCUCAUCUGAUUUCUCUCAUAUGUAGGCGUUUUACAGCGAUCGACGCGUGAUAGGCUACAGAUCUUGUCUGCUUUUCUUAUCAAAUAAUCAUAUACAUCGCUUGCUUCACCGGUUUGUUCGGUCACAUUGUACCGUAACAUGAAGCUUAAACAAUAGACAUUUUUGAGAAAAACAUUACAUUUGGAUAUGGAGUCCGUCAAGAUGAGAGCCAAAGAGGGGAUAAAGGAAUUUGGGGCGAAGACCCUGGGGCAGAUGUACAAGGUGAUGGAGAAGCGACAGGGAACUGGUGAAGUUAUCGAACUAACAGAGGACGGCAGGCCCUCUGAGGCCCAGGAGAAGAAAGCACCUCUGUGCGACUGCACGUGUUUUGGGCUGCCCCGCCGAUAUAUCAUCGCCAUCAUGAGCGGUCUAGGCUUCUGUAUAUCCUUCGGGAUCCGAUGCAAUCUGGGCGUGGCCAUCGUGGGAAUGGUCAACAACAGCACUAUUCACAAAGAUGGGAAAAUCAUCAUCACAGAGAAAGCGAAGUUCAACUGGGACCCAGAGACAGUCGGUAUGAUCCAUGGUUCGUUUUUCUGGGGCUAUAUAGUGACGCAGAUCCCGGGAGGGUACAUAUGCUCGAGACUGGCAGCUAACAGGGUUUUCGGUCUAGCCAUUUUCCUUACCUCGACGCUCAAUAUGUUAAUCCCCUCCGCGGCACGGACCCAUUAUGGACUGGUCAUCUUUGUGAGGAUAUUGCAAGGGCUGGUGGAGGGAGUGACCUACCCAGCCUGCCAUGGGAUCUGGAGUAAGUGGGCUCCUCCUCUGGAGAGGAGUCGCCUGGCCACCACCUCAUUCUGUGGUUCCUAUGCUGGUGCUGUCAUUGCCAUGCCUCUAGCAGGGAUCCUGGUGCAGUACUCAGGCUGGUCCUCUGUGUUCUAUCUCUAUGGGUGCUUUGGGAUCUUCUGGUAUAUGUUCUGGAUCCUUGUGUCGUAUGAAAGUCCUGCUGUGCACCCUACCAUCACCCAGGAGGAACGAGUCUACAUAGAGGAGAGCAUCGGGGAGAGUGCCAAGCUCAUGGGCCCUGCUGAGAAAUUUAAGACCCCUUGGAAAAAGUUCUUCACCUCCAUGCCUGUCUAUGCAAUCAUCGUGGCCAACUUCUGCAGAAGCUGGACCUUCUACCUACUGCUUAUCAGUCAGCCGGCCUACUUUGAGGAGGUGUUUGGGUUUGAGAUAAGCAAGGUUGGCAUGGUGUCUGCCCUGCCCCACUUGGUGAUGACAAUCAUUGUGCCCAUUGGAGGGCAGUUGGCUGACUACCUACGCAGCAGGAACAUCCUAUCUACCACUACAGUUAGGAAGAUCAUGAACUGUGGAGGGUUUGGCAUGGAGGCUACGCUGCUGCUGGUAGUGGGAUUUUCCCACACAAAAGGGGUGGCUAUUUCCUUCCUGGUCCUUGCUGUGGGCUUCAGUGGAUUUGCCAUAUCAGGAUUCAACGUCAAUCACUUAGACAUUGCUCCACGCUAUGCCAGUAUCCUUAUGGGGAUAUCCAACGGUGUGGGCACCCUGUCUGGCAUGGUAUGCCCAUUGAUCGUAGGUGCCAUGACAAAAAACAAGACUCGAGAAGAGUGGCAGUGGGUGUUCCUCAUCGCUGCUCUGGUUCACUACGGGGGAGUCAUCUUCUAUGGCAUCUUUGCCUCUGGAGAGAAGCAGCCGUGGGCCGACCCAGAGCUGACCAGCGAUGAGAAGUGUGGCUUCAUCGAUGAGGAUGAGCUGGCAGAGGAGACGGGCGACAUCACCCAGAGUUACGGUGCCCUGGGCGGCGGUCCGGCCAAAACGUAUGGUGCCACUACGCAGAACGGGGGCUGGGCUGACAGCUGGGAUAAGAAGGAGGAGUUUGUCCAGGAAGAGGCAGAGGGAGGGCCGUAUGGCUACAGGCAGGACCAGGACUACUCCUAGAGACAGCAGACACAAUGACCAUCAAACGGUAAACUUAUUUUGUAAUGUCAAAAACCAAACAAAAAAGAUAACAAUCCAUUGUUGUAUGUUUGCACAAAUUCAAAUCAUUAUUUCAAAAUAUAAAAUUAGUUCAAAACAGGAUUUUAUUGUGCAAAUAAAAAUAUUACUAUAGAGAUGUAACACAUAUCAAAUUGGCAGAUCUAUUUGUAAACGUAAUAUGCAUAUAAAUUAUAGAUAUAUUUAUUUGGAGUGCAAUUGUGUGUAAGUGUGAACCAUUUCCACCUCAUCAAUCUGAGCUUCUUCAUUCUGGAGAAGCAUGUUAUGUACGAUCAGACAAGAUUUAACUGGCUUCCUGGAUCAUCAUGCCUAACUGGUUCUUAUUACAACUCCUCAUGAGCCAGCCAUUGCAGUGUAAAAGAAACAUGUCACUGUAAAUAGGGGACUUAACCAGGAAUGAGACUGUAUGUCUUAGGUUGUACAGUAUCUCUUCUGAAUGCACUGAAAGUAGUGUGUCCUUUUAAUGCACAAUAUCAUUUUUUUUCUUAUUAUUAUUGGUUUGUAAAACUGUGUCUUUAACACAAAAAGGCAUAAAAAUACAAUAAUGUUUUGAAGAACGACAUAACACUUUCGCCAGCUGAUGUAAAAGUCUUAAGAUGCAUGAAAGAAAAGAAUGACGAAGCGUUGCGUGUUUACAGUGCCAUUUUGAGAGCUUGGGACUAUACAGUUCUAUCUGCAUUUUCUUUCAAAAUGGAGUUAGUAACAUAGCCUUGUUCUGUUCAAUGUUCUCUACCUAUAUACCCCAAUUCAAGUUGAGUUAAGUUCAAAAGAAUACAAGAUAAAAAUAGCUGACACCAUUCAAACCAAUGAGGGUUUGGAACUUUGAAGCCAAUUAUCUCAGAAUCAUCUUCUUGCAGAUAGAACCUUAUAGUCCCAAGCUCUCUAUUUCAUGCCUAUAACAAUGUUACAUCUGUUGUUAAAAGUGUACGUUUGGAGGUUACAAACAUUCAUAACUCAGUUAUGUAAUUUUUAUGAUCAUUAUGUCAGUUUUAUUGUCUGGUCAAUUCAAAUCAUUUCAAGGCAUUUCAAUGAGCUUUGUUGUUGUUUAAAGGUAAAUGUUUGUCUGAGGUGACUAAAGAAAAAUAACUAUGAUGUAUAAGAGCACAUGGACAAUGUAACCAAAUGCUGCCCGGCACUAUCAAGGGCCUGUGCAAUGCAGAGAAAGACCAGCCAGCCGAUCCAGAAGUAGCCAAUCAGUAUAUCUACUGUACAGACAGUCCGUCAGCAGGAGAUAUGUUUUGCUAAUGAAAAGGAAACAUUUUUAGACUGGGAUAGUGACCCAGAUAGACAAUGUUGUUAAAGAAAACUAUACCUUACCAGUCCAGGAGGACAAUUAGCCAAGUUGGGGAUUGAGAUUCAUAUUACAUAUACUUGUAAAAACAUUGGAGCAUUACUGAAUAAAAAAACAUGACAGUAUAGCUGUUACUGCCUAUGUAAUUGUCACAUUGAACGUUUACCAUUCCUUAAAGAGUAGGUAGACAAUCAAAAGAGCAGCAAGACAUGAUUUAGCCAGUGUGUAUAGAGUGGGAAUGACCAGUGUAGAGAUACUGGGUUCCAGUCAAUGAUUUAUAUAUACACUAGAUGACUGACAGGGCCUUGUUUAGAAACCGCCGCGCCUCCAUCUUGGCACUCCCCAACAUUGUAAAUAAAUAUUUUGGAAGCUAUAAAAAUGCAUUUAUUAAUGUACACAUUUGUUUUUGCCAUGUUUAUUCUAUUACAGAAACAUUAAUGCAUACUGUUAAAUGAUAUUAUGUGAGCUAAACAUUCCAAAAAAUACAUGUAAAAUGUUUUCCUUAAAAGUACAAGUUACUGUCCCCAUUACAAAACACAACAACACUUAAUACAUGUAAUUUUGUCCUAUAAACAUUUAAUUGUAAUACUAUAGAAUUCCAUUAAUUCCAAUGGAGGACUGCUCCUACUGGGAAGUGCCAAUAUGGCUGACCGGUGGCUUCAAAGCCUCUCAUUGGCCAGUAGAUAGCAUCAGCAAUCCAGGGUUUAUAUACAUCAUUGGUUUCAGUAGCGUGUCAGGGACCUAAACCUGCUUUUCACUGUCUGUCUGUGGAGACCAAAAGUCAGCACUUCGCAAUGUAUUUAUGGAAAUGUAUUUAUGCAUGGAACAAAGCCGUAGUCUGAAUGUUCUUACUUUUUAUUUCUUUCACAAAAUGUAUUUUGUCUCUCAAACUGUUACUAAUGUGUCAAUUUCUUUGCACAAUUUACCAAAGGUAACGUGUCAAGCUGGGUUUGAACAGGAGGGCUAUAUACUAAAGGAAUUGCUGGACAUUGCAGUGAAGGCCUCUGUAGGCCUCUCCAGGUGGCGCUAACCAUACUCAGUGUACAAAGCAAUAAAUCCAUGGUAACAGUUGUUGUCAACCAUUGAAAAAUGUAAAACACUAGCAUAUGUAACUAGAGCGUUACUUUUACGUUUCAAGUCGUGUUUAUUGUGAUAUCAAAUAUAGAAAAGAACAAACACAAGUACUUGUAAAAAUAUAAAACCUAUGUAGUUAGAGUCCUCCACACAGCUCUUUGACAUGCUGAUAAUGCAGGGAGUUUGUGAGGGGACUGCUCACCAGAAGAGAAUGAUACCCUGGGCCAUUCCUGUGACAUGGAUGAUGUCCUUCUCCAUAUCUCUAUGGUUCCACUCCUGUUGGUGUCUGCGCAUCCGUUGUUGUUCUGUACAGUUUCCAGUGGUCGUUUUGGAGGGUGUGCUAUUGUUCAGUUUUUUCUCUCUCUCUAAACCCUGUUGGUUUGAUUGAUGUGUGUUCUGUCAGUGGCUGGACCCCUAUUGCCCCCUUAACCAUCUGUCUCUAACCACCUAAACCCCUUUCAUUGUUGCAAUAUUCAAUGAAGUGAAGAUUGUCUGUAAAGGUGAUCUAACAUUUACAGAAAUGGUAGAUGUAUAACAUGAAGUAACGGUACCUUCUUCCUGUUUUGUGCCUCUGAGUGAAGUUACAGUGUGAUUCUAUGGCUUAUUUUGCUGUGUCAAUGGAGAGAUUUGUUGAUGUCAAAAUGAAAUGCUCUAUAUAUCCAUUUUAUAAAAAAACA